AUGAGUUCAACCCUGAAACAGGCUCAGGGUUUCAUUGACUUUGUGAACGCAUCACCUACACCUUAUCAUGUUGUCGAAAACGUUAAAAAGCAGCUUACAAGUGCAGGAUUUGCUUGUAUUUCUGAACGUCUUAGCUGGGCUGGUAAGUUGAAAAAAAAUGGAAAAUACUUUGUCACUAGAAACUCUUCUUCAAUUAUAGCAUUUACUGUCGGUGGACAAUAUCGCCCUGGAAAUGGCAUUGCUAUUGUUGGAGGUCAUACAGACUCACCAACCCUAAGAGUGAAACCAACUUCGGACAUCAAAAAAGAUGGCUUUACUGAGGUUGGUGUUGAAACUUAUGGUGGAGGAAUUUGGCACACUUGGUUUGAUAGAGAUCUUUCACUUGCCGGAAGGGUCUUUGUCAGAAAUUCUACAACUGGCAAUUAUGAGUACAAACUUUUGAAAAUUGACCGGCCAAUCUUGAGGAUCCCCACCCUCGCCAUUCAUCUUGACAAGGAAAGAGGAAAGUUCGAAUUUAAUAAAGAAACACAAUUAAGACCAGUUUUGGGAACAGAUAAUGAAUCAUUAUCUUCAAAAGAUGCAGAGGAAAAUGAUAAGAACUUUGAAGUUAUCAAGUCAGUCAUUCAAAGACACAACAAGAAACUAGUCAAGGUGAUCUCGGAAGAAUUAAAUGUCAAACCUGAAGACAUCGAGGAUUUCGAGUUGGUCCUUUUUGAUACGCAGAAGUCUUGUCUUGGGGGCCUGGAGAAUGAAUUUAUCUUUUCACCAAGAUUGGACAAUCAGGUCACUUGUUAUUCGGCCAUUCAAGGCUUGAUACAGUCUACGGAAAAUCUCCAGUCAGAAACUGGCAUUAGGUUGGUUUCACUCUUUGAUCACGAGGAAAUUGGCUCACAGAGUGCACAGGGUGCAGACUCAUCUUUCUUACCUGACAUCUUGCAUAGAUUGACAAGUUUAACAUUUAAUCCGACCUCAGAUCUUUCAUCCCAACUUUCCCCGGAUCACUUCUUUAACUGCAUGUCCAAAUCAUUUGUUAUUUCAUCUGAUAUGGCCCACGCUGUUCAUCCAAACUACUCGGAGAAUUACGAGGCAUUGAACAGGCCAAAGUUGAACGCCGGACCUGUGUUUAAAAUUAAUGCUAACCAGAGAUAUGUUACAAACUCACCAGGUAUUGUUUUAAUGAAGAAAAUUGCCUCCAUUGGCAAAGUUCCAAUGCAAUUAUUUGUCAUUCGGAAUGAUUCACCAUGCGGAAGUACCAUUGGCCCAAUGAUUGCGGCAAAAUUGGGUAUAAGAACUUUGGAUAUUGGAAAUCCUCAGUUGAGUAUGCAUUCUAUUAGAGAAACAUGUGGCUCAAAGGAUAUUGAGCAGUUGGUCAAUUUAUUCCGGACUUAUUUUGAGAAGUACACCACAAUUGAGUCCAAGAUAAUUGUUGACUAA